CGAUCUGUCUGUUUUAUCAAAUUUGUUUCCCUUUCUAAAAAAAGCUCUCAUCAAUGGCCGCUUCCCGCGAAGAGAACGUGUACAUGGCGAAGCUUGCCGAGCAGGCCGAACGUUACGAAGAGAUGGUGGAGUCUAUGGAGAAAGUUGUGGCGGCCUCAGAGGGCGGCGAUGAACUGACGAUUGAGGAGCGCAACCUCCUCUCCGUUGCCUAUAAAAACGUGAUCGGCGCUCGCCGAGCUUCCUGGCGCAUCAUCUCUUCCAUCGAGCAGAAAGAGGACAACCGCGGAAACGAUGACCACGUUGCUUCCAUCAAGGACUACAGAUCUAAGAUCGAGUCUGAGUUGACCUCGAUCUGCAACGGCAUCCUCAAGCUGCUUGACUCUAAACUCAUCAGCUCAGCUCACUCCGGCGAUUCCAAGGUAUUCUAUCUGAAGAUGAAGGGUGAUUAUCACCGAUACUUGGCUGAAUUCAAGACCGGAUCCGAUAGGAAAGAGGCGGCUGAGAACACUCUCUCCGCUUACAAAUCUGCUCAGGAAAUCGCUAUUGCAGAAUUGGCUCCUACCCAUCCGAUUCGUCUUGGUCUUGCUCUCAACUUCUCUGUGUUCUACUACGAGAUCUUGAAUUCACCUGAUCGUGCUUGCAAUCUAGCCAAACAGGCUUUCGAUGAGGCAAUAGCAGAGCUAGAUACACUAGGAGAGGAGUCAUAUAAGGAUAGCACUCUGAUUAUGCAGCUUCUUCGUGAUAACCUCACUUUGUGGACUUCAGACAUGCAGGAUGAGGGAAACGAUGAGAUCAAAGAAGAGCUGAAAGCAGAUAAGGAUUAAUGUCAUGUGAAGUAUAUGAAUUAGAAUCCUUUGUUAUUGCUUUGGGGCUGGGUCAAGUUAUGCCUCUGUAGAAAUGCUAGGUUUCUAUCAUCUGAAGACUCUAUUUAAUGUUAAUUUGAUGUUACAGUAGAGUCCAUUUAUAAUAUGUGCUGGUCCUCCCUAUGUUUCUUAUUUUCAGGAUGCUUUCACCUAUCACAUUUGUGUGAAUGAUUAAGCAUAUUUUUUUAUGCCAUCUUGCGUAAAUUAAGCAAUUUAUGCGUUCAAUGAAUGAAGGUAAGGUUC